GACUAGCAUUCAGGGCCUCCUCCCAACAGCUAUUCUCACCAAGCUGGCCACGGAUUGCCUCCCAUCUGCACACACCAAUUCUUGUAUUGUGGAUAUGUAUGCUUUAUGUUCCACAGUUGCUGUGAGUCUAAUUGGAUCUGGCAGCAUAUAAACCCCCUACAUACCUAUUGGACUUUGCAAGAUGAAGUUGUCUCUCUGCCAUUGCCUUUCAGAACAUUUUCUUCAGGAACACAGGGAGGAGCUUACUCGACGUGUUUUCGGAGUGCAUGUUAUAUUGGAUGCUCUGAAGAUAAAUGGCAUAAUAACAGAAAAACAAAUUUCUGAAAUCAGAGGCACCAAUCAACGGAAGAUGAGGGAAUUGUAUAGAUGGGUGCCAAGCUGGAGCACAGAAAGCAAGACUGAAAUGCUGGACAUCCUCAGGAAAACCAACAGGCGACUUCUCUUUCAGCUUCAAGGGGGCCAUUUUGUGGACAGACAUAAAGAAGAACUGAUUGAACAAGUGACAGAGUUCCCUUUGAAUAAGCUUCAUCGCUACAUACGAAAUGAGAAGCAAUAUAAGUCUCUCCUUCAUUGUGCCACAGUGAAGACGAAAAUGAAAAGAUUGUUCCAGAUAGUUCAGCAGUGGGACGGGAGGCAGAAAGAUUAUCUGUACCGGGCACUGGCAAAAACCAAUAGACCCAUUAUUGAAAUGCUUGAAGAGGAGCAUUUUAUUGAAAAGCACCAGGAGGAGCUGAUUGACCAAGUCUCUGGGAUUGAUGAAGUGCUAUGCCGCCUCCAGUAUCAAGAGUCCCCUGUGUUCAAGGAUUUAUCAGAUAGAUGUAAAAUGAGAGAGUUAUACACGUUGGUAUUGAAAUGGAACAGGAAGCAAAAGGACCAUCUCUACAUAGUGCUGAAGGAAACAAAUGGGCCCCUUGUUGCAGAACUUCAUGAGGGCCAUUUUGUUGAGAGAUACAAGGAAGAGUUGAUCCAAAGAGUCAUUGGGGCAAAAGAUGUUGCAACUUCACUGCUUCACUUUACAAUCUGCACUCACCAACUUGAUAAUAUUAUUCGGAAAGAGACAGACAAGGAACAAAUGGAGACCCUUUACAAGAUGGUGCCUGGCUGGAACGGAGACUGGAAGGACCAUCUCUAUGAAGCUUUGAAGGAAACAAAUAGGGACCUGAUCAAAGAACUUAUGGAAAGAAAGAGAAGCAGCAUACAGGGCCUGACCCCUUACCCUUUUGCAAAGGAGAAAUGCUUGUGUGUAAGAGAAAAGGAUUGUUCAGAAAUACAACCAACUCUUGUUCUAGAUGCUAACAGGACUCUGAAGACAUACAGAAUCCACAUCCCUGAGGCAGGCACUUUUCUGUGCUCUGUCACUGAUCUCAAAUUUGAGGUGAGAGCAGCUGUGACCGUUGAAUACACUUACAGCUCCUGGAGCCAACACCUUUCUGAAUUUGUGGAGCCGGACUGGAUAGUGGCCGGUCCAGUGUUCGACAUCCAUGCCGAUCCAGCUGAAGUUGCAGCUGUUCACCUCCCUCAUUUUAUAUGCCUUCAAGGUGGCAGUGCUGAUACCUCUCGGAUGAAAAUAGGCCAUAUUGUUGAUGCGGGAAUAAUGCUGGAGAAGCCAUCUCAUAUCAGUCCAUUUCAUGCAGUGUUGAAGAAUCCCAGUUUCUCUUUGCUGGGUGUGCUGAUUAACCCUAUCUACAAUAAGUUUUUCCCCGUCCAUUCUGUGGUGCAGCUUUAUAAGAUAUGCAAGAAGACGACAACUCUCCAUCUCUAUCUCAUUCCCAAUGAUGGGUCUUUGAUACAGGCCAUCAAAGAAGAAGAGGAGAAAUACAAUUCAAUACUUGUACGGAAACACCCUCAGACAAAUAAACCACUGUACUUUGGCUCUCACUAUCAUAUAUCCAGCUCAAUAAACCUCACAGUGAAUCCCAAGGAACUGGAGUUUUCCUAUAAGAGGCCAGAACAGCUACAAUCGUUUUUGGAAAUCUACAUAAAAAAUUGCAGGAGAAUGCAUCUUAGUUUAAAAAAUAAAGACAACCGUGUUUGGGAUGCUUGGUUGGAACAAGAGGAUUUGCAGAAUCUAACAGAAACCACAGCCAAAAAACAAAGGACUCAGCAGGCAUCUCGUGCUUCUGGCACACAACAUCAAGAAAAAGAGUUACAUUUCAUUGAGGUCCAUCGGGAAGCACUGAUCCAGCGGACUGUCAAUGUGGAAGGAAUUAUGGAUAUGCUAUAUGGAGCUCGUAUUCUUGAUUUAGAACAAUACCAAAAAGUCUUAUCAAGGGGAACCAACCAGGAAAAGAUGAGAGAACUCUACCAGUUUGUGCCCAGCUGGAACUAUUCUUGCAAGGAUCAGUGUUAUGAAGCCCUGAAGAUGAAGAACAGGUUUCUCAUUGAAGACCUUGAAGAGAAAGACUAGAGGACAUCAAGUUGGAGUUGUUUACUAUAAACCAGGGGUAGCAAUUUUGGGGUAGCAAUUUUGACCAUACUUAACUCUUGGUGGGGACUGAGGAGAUAAAUUAAGUAUAGUCACAUAUUGCACUGGGUGGAAUUGGGAGGGACGUUUUGAAGGGUUGCUUUGCUUUAUAACUGUGAUGUGCCUAUUUUAAGGUGAACACUUCCCCCACAUAGUAGGAAACCUAUGUACCAUAGGUUUUCAGCAACCAUGGUCAGAGGAGUGUUUGAGGUCUGCAAAAGGGACCUUGAUAUGUGUCCCUCAGAUAGAGUUGCCCACCCCUGCUGUAGAUUCCUUAUCUUUUAAAAAUUCAGUUUACUUUUAAAAUGUGCAUGUAACUUCCACUUGGCUUGGACUGGCUCAAUAGAAUAUCCACACCAGGGCUGCCUUUGUGAGUCUCUUACAGCAAAGCCAUAAAAGAAUGAUUUGGUAUUUUAAAAAACAGAACCAGCCCCAUCAAUUUUUCUGUCUGACUGGGACAAGAUGGUGCCCAACUGCAAGUUGUCCCUUGUAGAAAACCCCAAAUGGCAGCCAACUGAACUUUCUAUGCUGAUGGUAAGGUGGGAUUUUCCACUUCACCUAACAACUGCAUAGCUUCAAGGGCACAGGACAAGUUGCAGGGCACAACCAGUUCCACCUCAACACUUCACUGCCAUUCCUAGUGGGUAGCCUCAUUCCAUCCAGUUAUACAGCUGCUUUUGGCAAGGGCCACAUAAUAAAGUGUGGCAUAAGUAUUCAUGGUCUCUUCGCUGCUUCUCCCAUGAAUGUGUUUUGACAUCAUCUAGGGCUAAGAUGCGUAGGGCCUCUGAGUCCCUCAGCAUCACCUGUGCUUCCUGGUGGUGUCUCCCAAACAUUCAGUCCCAGCUUGUAAUUACCAAGACAUUGACAGAAAUAAUAAAUUUCCAAUAAAUCUGGCGGUGGGCAUCAGUCAUAGCUCUUAAAGCAGAGUAGGGCACCGUUACGUGCCCCAAACUGGCAGUAUAUGAACAGGAGACCUUUCAUGCCACCAAACUACUGUAUGUAUCAUCACACAGUAGCAUUUCACUUUAGCCCUCUUCAGUGUCUUGCCCUCUGCAAAAUUGGAGGGAAGAUACAAUAAUACCCUUUUCGCAGAAUGACUUUGCCCCUCUGCAUUGGAAGAACUGGAUUUCCUAGCCAAGGUGUUCCUUCAGUGCCCUUUCUGCAGUAACCUAAGCUUUAUGCUUUUACGCAUAUGGCCAUCAAUAGACAUCCCUUUGCCAGAGGACAUCUGUUCCUAAUACUACCAGGAGAGUCACAACAUUUCUUUCAGCUGCUAUUUCCCUACAUAGGAAAUUAUUUUCUUAAUCCUCUGAUUCUAUUAAUGUAUAAUUUCAUUAUGUUCAUUUAACUCUCUUACACUGCAUCUAGGUUUUAUUUUUCCUGUUAUAUUUCUCAUUGGCCAAUAUAUGAUUUUACUUAUACAGCAUACAUUAUAUUCACAUACUGUAAGUUUGAGAAUUAAGCAUAAGAGAAGUUAUAUUGAGUUAAGAGAAUUACAUUGAGAGACUGGAAAGGUACUACUAAUACAAACAUCAAGGACUGGAUUUAAAAAAAGUGUAAUUGAUUGAUUUUUGAAAAAGCAAAAAAGACCUUUUUUCAACCAAAAAGUGACCAAAUAUUUUCCCUUUUGACAUAGUUUUAUAAUAUUUUACAGGGAUACACCAUUUUAUGGGUAAUUUGAUGUUUUGAUAUGUGGAGUAUAUUUAGUUGAUUUAUAUCAUUUUAAUAUGUUAAUUCUUAGGGGGUUUUGUACUUUUUAAAAUUUGUUUUGGUAGUA